ACUUCUAUUUUCUUAAUUCCGUUUCCGUAACUUAUCUCUGCACUGAGCUUGUCACAUUGAUCUUCUUGUCUAUUCGAUGUACUGCAUGUCUGUGUCCACACGGCACCCGACUUGAAGAGCAUCCUCACACGCCUUCCUGAACGUAGAUUACCAGCUGGGCUACGACUCAAGAAAAAGCCAUGUUUUGAAUACUCCACAAUUACGAUUGAUGCCGGUCUAAUUAUGAAGUCGGUUGCACCAUGUAUAUGCACAACCAGAACAGAAAGGCGCCAUAUCGAACGAUUUAUUUUUCUCCCGUCCACUCCUCGUAUGCUCGCGUGAUUUCUCAUGUUCUAUCAAAUAGAAACCGCGAUCUGUCGGGCAUGCUAAACAGAUGCCAUGUAACCCCGGGCGACGCACUCAAGUGCAAAGCGAUUGAACAACGUAAACCAAUAGUAAGCCCCAAGCUGGCAGUACCCUCGAAGCGGGAUGCUAUUUCUAACCAAUCACAGCCCCUGCAGGCCGACACAUACAGCCAUUGAGCAGCAUGUCCUACAAAAUCAUACUUAGGGCACACGCUGUCAUUAUGACAAGAGCGACGUUUAAGCAUCCGCUUCUAUUGUUGAAUAAGCAUGCAUCAGGGCAGCUUAAACUGUGGGGGCAGGGUGUUCAACGGUGCUGUAUUGUCAAAUGCAGCUUUCAUCGACUCGACGCCUUGGCAGUGGCGCAGACUAGCUCGCAAUUGUGCUGCUGUUCUUUGCUGUAGCCCCCCACCCACCCCUCUACAACUAUCUCGACCUUGCGCCGCGGCAUUUCCGAGUGUAUCUUCCCCGUUUCUAAGCCUACAUGCCGUUCCCAGCUUCUCAGCCUCCAGGGCCGGGCCUUCCAUCCAAGGUCGCGAUCCCACGGCUUGCGAGACAGCCAGACGACGACAAAACGCCUGGUCAGCGCAGAUCCAACAGGACACCUAGGGUUUCCAUGGCAUGUACAGGCUGUCGAGCUCGCAAAAUAAGAUGCAAUGGAGCGCAACCACGAUGCCAGAACUGUUUAGCUGCCGACCAGUCUUGCUCCUACCCGCAGGGCCGGAGAGAUCGCUUUAAGAUAUCCACCCAGCAGAAUCAGGACAUGAUUGCUAUGCUGGAGGAUUUGAAAGGUCGUGCUACAGAGCACGAUAGAGAGUUAAUAAACGACCUGCUAGCACAAGUCUCAGACAAUGUUUCGGAGGCCGCUUCGUCAUUGAACCUCUCGGACCCCUUCCAAGAUGGCACACAAGGGGAAGCCGAUACUUCUGCUGAGGUGGGCUCUAAUGGAGGCAUGGACGUCUUAGAAGAGGACGUUCUACAAACAGAAGCAAGCCGAGCGACUGGAUUUGUUGGGAAAAGCUCAGAGGUGCGAUGGCUGAGGCGUUUGCAACAAGACACUGAGCGCCUUAACGAAAACACAUCUCAACUCGAAGGACCCUACGGGCCUCCUGGAGAUAGUGCGGAGGCCGCUCUACAGCGAACAGAUGCGUGGACACAACGCCAACGGCAAGACUCUAGCGUUCGAGCACAAACUAGUGCGUCGACGUUCUACUUGGACAGCAACGAUACGGAAGUCAAUCGUGCGGUCAACCCGUUCGAGCUCCCACCCCGGGAGACGGCGCAGAGGCUUCUCGACGGAUACAUUGCCACGGUUCAAGAUUCGUUCCCUGUGCUUUCAGAGACAGUUUUUAAACAUCAAUUUGAGCAAUACUAUACUUCUAUGCUGCAGGGAAUACCUUCUGCUGUGUCCCAUAAAUGGCUUACAAUACUGAACCUUGUUUUUGCCAUCGGGGCAAAGUACUGGCAGCUAAUAGAAGCAGACUUGCAAACAAGCAGUCAGGAUCAUCAUACUUAUUGGUCUCGCGCGCAUGUUUUGGGCUUAGAUGGAUCUUCUUUGGUCGCUCAUCCAGAUCUCAUGCAGAUCCAAAUUACGGCCCUUGUUGCGUUCUACUUCUUGUGCGUUGGGCAUGUGAACAGAGCCUGGGUUGUUAUAGGCUCUUCCCUCCGUUACGCACACGCACUUGGACUACACGUACGAAACGAGGACCGAACUGCUACCAUAUCUAAAAAAGAAACCCUGUUGCGGAUUUGGUGGAGCCUAUACUCUAUCGACAGAAUCCUCAGUACUAUUGUAGGCAGGCCAAGUUUCGUAAUUGAAGAGCAUUGCUCAGUGCCAUUGCCAUUGCCGUUGGCGGCGGAGCAGUUGCUAGACGAGGCUUUGGCACAUCAGUUUCAUGAGCGAUACAGAGGAGCCGAGCUUCAGCAUGACACGCCCCAAACGGCUUGGGCGACUGACGAGCCUUCAAAUGCAGGCUCUUUCUUGAAGGCCAAUGUACAAAUUGGUUUGAUUACCCAGAAUGCCAUGGCUAGACUGUAUUCGGCAAAGGUAGUCACGGAUUCCUGGAAACAAGCCCAGCAAGCAAUAACUAGUUUAUCCGAACAACUGGAAGCAUGGUUAGCAUCUCUACCAUCCGGUCUCAACCUUUCCCAAUCCAGCUUUAGCACUAGCCUCCGACGGGAAAGGUUCAUCCUGCAGAUGCAGUAUGCCGGAGCCAAAAUCCUCAUCACUCGGCCUUGCCUGUGUAGACUGGAUAGACGCAUCGUAGAGCAAUCGAAGACUUCGGACAAUUUUAACAACCAAAUUGCUCGGAGCUGUGUCAGAGCUGCAAUGGCAGUAACGGACCUUUUGCCGGAAGAAGUCGAUACCACUUACCUAUACCAGAUUGGACCAUGGUGGUCCAUCGUCCAUAAUCUUAUGCAAGCUCUCGUAGUGCUGAUGCUGGAGAUGUCCUAUUGUUCCGCCCAUUUCUCUCGCGAAGGCAAGCAGAUCUUGGCGCCCAUCAAGAAGUUGCUUCAUUGGUUGAGGAUUAUGUCAAUUCGCGAUGACAUAGCAGACCGGGCCUAUAAUAUGGCCUUUGGAGUAUUGCAAGGGCUAGCAUCCAAGCUCAAUGUGGACGUAUCCGAAUUUAUACGGGAGGAUACUACUCAAGCCAAGCAUCCAAUCGCAUUCCAUUCGGAGAACCAGCAAUCUGCAGUCGGCUCUCACGCGCAGGAAAACAUACUCUCGCCUAUAGAACAUGCCCAGAUAUUUGGAGAACAGGGGAUGUGUGCGAGUGGUUUCUACGGAAGCAAGCCUGGCUACGCAUCAAUGUUCGAAGUUCCGACAGUACAGCCCCAGAACAGCCCAUGGAUGGUGGGAUCGACAGGCGCUGGAGGAGCAGCAUUCCCAGAUGUUUCUCAUUCUGAUUCAAUGCUUAGUAAUUCCUUCGUGACUGGUUACGAAGAAGAGAAUCCUGUUAUAUCUGGCAAAGAUCUCUUUGGGGCGUAUGCCUCUAAUUCCAGGUUUCGCUACCAGUAACCCACAUCCGGACCUAUUGUGCAACAAUAGACGGCUAUGAGAGAGUAGAGGAAGAAUGACGUCAGAGUGCAUCAAGAUUGAUUUGGCGCUAUGGGUUGGGUGAGCUGUGAUGUCCGAUGGACCUGACUGUACUCUGGCUAUAAAUACCACCUUGUGUAU